AUGUCCGCAGACCUGCUAGCAGAAUUCGGUCAGGCACCUGUUCCAGACAAUAGGUCCAGACAGCAGCCAUCGCAACACCAGAAAAACUCAUUCUUCGAUGCCGACGAUAGCAUCGAUUUGUUCGGAUCAUCGGGAAGUGUGCCGACCCAGGGAGCACCCAGUCAAUUUGCAACCCCGGCAGCUUCGUGGCAGAGCUCUGGUCAUCAGGAAUUUGACCUUCCCUUGAAUCCACAUAGCGACGUGUUAUUCGAUGCAGAAUUUGACGCACCAGCAAGCGAUGCAGACGACGACUGGGGUGAAUUCGAAGGCCCUGAUUCAAACACUUUACAUGGACAAUCAACAGCUCUUCGGCAAUCAGGGACAGUUGCAUCUCCAAACCCAGAGCCUCGGCGAGAUGAUCCGCAGGUUUCUAGAACAGUUGAUUUGCUAGAUUCACUUUCAAUGCAAAACUCCGCACCAGCUGUGAAACAUCCGUCGAAGAGUGUCAAGAACCAACACCUCAAACCUAAUACCCAAAAUCAGCCGACAUGGGAGAAUGAUUCAUUUGGUGACUGGGGCGAUUUCGCCGAGGUGCCUGCUAGCAAACCUCCCAAGGUCUCUAAGAAGAAAACAAACCCACCUACAAGGCCGCCUACAAGGCCGCCUAUCAAAUCCAAUAAGCCCUCUGCAUUAACCUGGGAUGAUGAAGCCUUUGACGACUGGGGUGAUUUUUCAGAUGGCCCCAGUGUGAAGCCUGUGCCCAGAUCCAAACUCUCGCCCCCGACGGCUCCUAGCCCAGCUCCUAGUAGCUCCGUUUCUGGGACCCUAGCCCCCGCAGCCACCGUCCGUCCAACCAACAUCCCACCUCCAUCGGUCCUUCUCGAGUUAUUCUUAGACGUGUUUGAGAAUCUUCAGAAAGAGGCUACACUCGCAAAAUCCCAGCUGCGAUCCUCGGCUCCGUCAUCCUCAAACACCAUUUCAACAACUGCCUCACAUAUCCACAAUGUACUUCAAUCGGCCGCCCGCGUAAUUGCAGGGCGAGGUCUCCGGUGGAAACGUGAUACAAUUCUGAGUCAAAGCAUGCGAAUUGGGCCUGCCCGUUCUGGUAAACCCGGUGGUAUGAAACUUAACAGCGUGAACAAGCAAGAAAACAUCAAAGAAGAACAAGAUGCUGUUGACGUGCUUACUACUUGGCGAGAACGGGCGGCUAUUUUCAACGCCGUUCUUCAAGCCGCGGGCCAGCGGCCAAUCCCCACGGUUCCAGAUCCUAGUGCGCUCAAAGUCACUACGGCGCGGGCGGACCAGGGCGCAUUGAAAGCUUCUCAUCCAUGUGCACUCUGUUCACUUAAGAGAGAUGAGCGGGUUUUACGGGUGGAUGAACAAAGUGUUCAAGAUAGCUUUGGAGAGUGGUGGACUGAGCAUUGGGGUCACACAGCAUGCAGGCGAUUUUGGGAGACAAAUCGAAAUCUGCUUGGGCAGCGUUGA